GAGGCUCGAGACUACCCCAGACCUGGAACUGGUGCUCCCACAGAGGUGGGCCCUGUGGUUUGGUCCGGCCUGGCCUACUGGACCCGCCUGUGUUUGAUCGGCCGCGGCUCCGCUAGGCUCCUGGCGCCGCCUCCUCCUAGCCGGCCGCGGGCUCCGUGCUUCUGUGGGUGGGGGAAGGCAGGACUGACGCAGAAUGACAACGGCAACACGACAAGAAGUCCUUGGCCUCUACCGCAGCAUUUUCAGGCUUGCAAGGAAAUGGCAGGCGACAUCAGGGCAGAUGGAAGACACCAUCAGAGAAAAACAGUACAUACUAAAUGAAGCCAGAACACUGUUCCGGAAAAACAAAAAUCUCACGGACACAGACCUAAUUAAACAGUGUAUAGAUGAAUGCACAGCCAGGAUUGAAAUUGGACUGCAUUACAAGAUUCCUUAUCCAAGGCCAAUUCAUCUGCCUCCAAUGGGCCUCACCCCACUCCGAGGCCGGGGACUUCGAAGCCAGGAGAAACUGAGGAAACUCUCCAAACCAGUAUAUCUCAGAUCUCAUGAUGAAGUUUCCUAAUCUAGAAGAAAGUUUAUUUCUGCGAAUGAUGAGCCAACUAGUUCUUGAAUGUAAACCAGAUGGCAAAAUACUUUUUUUUUUUUAAAUAAAAAGAUGGGGUUUCACCAUGUUGGUCAGGCUGGUCUUGAACUCCCGACCUCAGGUGAUCCACCCGCCUUGGCCUCCAAAGUGUUUGGAUUACAGGCGUGAGCCACCGCACCCGGCCCAAAAUACUUCUUGAUUAGGGGCAAAAAUUCAGAUGUCUUCUUAAAACUUCUACAAUUGAUUCUCACCUCAUCAUGUGCACUUAGGAUAUCCCUAGAAUUUCUCAGCGUCUUUCUUCCUGAGUGGAUGGCAUUAUCCCUAGAGGUUAUGGACUUUUCAUCCUCACUACAAUCACCUUUGGAAACAAGACAAGGCCUGUGGGAAGAAGGCAGAAGGGUGCAAGAGCUUUUCAUGGGAGUGCCGUUCACCACACAUGUGAGCUAAUGCAAAGAAAUUUUUCAGUCACUGGAAGUUACUGUGGGCUACUAUAAAACUAGGUACUACUCUCAGAAAAUUCUUAGGCUUUUUUUUCAAGUUGCAGAUUUACUUAAAAGUGAGGUUUUUCGUGUGUGUCUUUUGUUGUCUUUUAACCCUUCCAAUUUCUAGAUAAACUCGUCAUAAAAAGUGCAUCAUUGGACUGACCAUGGUUUUUCAAGGAAAUUUUGUGAGAUUUCUGCCUUAACUAAAUGCAUAUAUUCCUUAUCUUAAAGCCUGUCAUCACUUAGGAUGCACUUAUAGGAUCUGAAAAUCUCACUUUAAACUCAUAUUGCAUUCAUUACGAGUCUUUUACAUUAACAUAAUUGAAAAGUACAACAUCCAAGCCAGCUUUCAAACUGUCUAAACAGAAAUGGGACAUAUAGACUGGAAAAUAUAAGGGAUUUAUUACAGCCCUUCGAGGGUAGAGUCAGGUGAGGGUCACAUAGUGAGUCAUUUGUACAUCAGUGUCAUUUCUUAAUCUUCAAAGAAGACGGGCAUCACCAAUAAACACAAAGCAUUAUCAA